AUGGCACCUCCAAGCAUCAACCUCACCCACGCAUUCACUCUCAAACUCCGUAUCGAGGCAGGUUUCGAUAUUCCUGGAACUCCCCUGGGCGAUCGAUCCUAUAUCCCAGUAACAGACGGAUCUCUAACCGGGCAAGGCAUAGCGGCAAAAGUAACUCCAGGUGGCGAUUAUGCCAUUCUUAAAGACGGUUGGGGGAAAUUGGAUGUUCGUGUUCAUGCGGUUACUGAGGAUAAGGAAGUGAUUUAUAUCCACUAUUAUGGACAGUUGGAGAUUACGCCCGCUGUUGGGAAGAUUUUGGGCGGUGAGCCACAAGCCAAGUCGACAAACUUUGAUGACGGAUAUCUGCUCACUACACCGGUAUUAGAAGCUCCAGCAAACUCGAAGCAUGCUUGGGUCAACCGUACCAUUUUUGUCGGGAAAGGAAAGUUGGAGGUUGGAAAUGGUGGGGCUGUUACUGUCGUGUAUGAGAUCUUCAAAGCCAAGUAA